AUGGCUUACUAUCCAUUCUACCCAGCAAGGAUGAGAGAUUUUCGCGUCAGUUCUUUGCUGGAAGGUUGUUCGCAGUUUAUUCCUGGCGUACCAGGGAGUGGGUCGUCGAUUCCGAAUAAUUUGAAUUCAAACGGGCCGUUUCCAUAUUCACCGUACCAUCCGACACAAAUGGCGAAACAGCCAUCUCACUUCGGACCAGGUUCCAUGCCGGGACCUCCACAGCAAGUCCAUAUGCCUGUUCACGAUUCCGAGUACGAAAAUAUCCAAGUCAAUUUGGAAAACAAGGAGCUUUGGCAGACUUUCGACAAGGAGAAAACAGAAAUGGUUAUUACCAAGGCAGGAAGGUAUAGAAAAUAUAUGUAUUCUCUUGUGACCAGUAAAGCCCGGCCGGUUGUUGUGCGGUUGAUAUAAGCUCCUGGAAUUUCGCAUCGAAGGAAUUGUGUCGAUUUAAACGCCUAGCGGUCUCGAAGCGAUGCAAAUGCCAGUUUAAACCGACAAUUUUGUCUGCAAAAAAGCUAAACAAUCCCCCCAUGAACACAUUGACUCCUUAGGUGUAACGCCAUUAACCCCGCGGACCAGGAACCGUUGUUGAUUUCAUCACCCAUGUUUAUUUCAAUCGGCCCGUGGCUAACAGUUUCGUUUUUCUGUCAACAGGCGAAUGUUUCCGCCGAUUAAAGCACGCGUGACCGGCUUGGACCCUAGAGCGAAGUACUUUUUUCUCAUGGACAUUCAGCCCGUGAACGAUGUUCGAUACAAGUUUCAUAACUGUAGAUGGAUGGAGGCGGGCAAAGCUGAUCCUGAGAUGCCUAAACCACUGUAUAUGCAUCCUGAUUCCCCCAGCACUGGGGCACAGUGGAUGCAGAAAACAAUCUCGUUUCAUAAAAUGAAACUUACCAACAACAUAGCGGACAAAUACGGCUACGUGAGUUUCUUUAAGCCUUUGAAAUCCCGUCUUUUUAUUCGUUUUUUAUCAUCUAUCGAUUUGCCGUCACAUCUGUAAUUAUUUUUGUUUGUUGAUUGUUGUUGAUGGCCGAUUUAUCUCUUUAUUUACUUCUUUUUUUUCUUCUCUUUCUAUUAGACAAUUUUGAAUUCUAUGCACAAGUACCGUCCUAGAAUUCAUGUUGUAAGAGCGGACGACACAUACAAACAUCCCUACAGCAUUUACAAGAUUUUCACAUUUCCUGAAACAGAAUUCAUUGGAGUGACGGCUUAUCAAAAUGAGAAGGUUCGUGUUAAAGCUCACUGUUAAUUACUACUUUCCAGUUUGUGUUGAAAAUCAAAUCGUCAUUUUGUUUUUAAAGUGGUUUGGUAAUCGUAAGUUCGAUUUGGCUUAAGAGGGAGUUUGGAGUAUUUGUAUUUUUAUUCAAGAAAGCUUUUGAGCUUUGUUGUUGAAUUGAUAGCUAUUCAUAUAUCUGUUAAAGCAAAAAAAAAAAAAAAAGAAAGAAAUUAACGUAAUACGCUAUAAACAAGUAGAGUUAUCUAGCAAAAGGGGAACAUGAGUAAGAAAAUUUGUGGAAUAAAUUUUUCGUAUUGUAGUAGAUUAAAAAGAUGCGCGAUCUCGUUCUCAUAGUUCUAUGUGAAUAGAAAUCUUUGUUUCACUUACAACUCCAAAAUUUUGACAGGGUUGGGGCAUAAGUUUCAAGACCCUUAAACAACAUCGUCAAUUUCAAAGUAGUUUAUGUCGAUUUCUUCCUAAUUUGUACUGUUUUAUUGUGGGGCUUUAAACGCAGUUCUAGAACGUUCUCUGGUAAGUGAGGAAAUUCUGGUCUUACAGAUAGCUUCCAGUAUGAAUGGUCACUGAAUACCUUUCUUCCGACAUAAGAAAAGGAAAAAUGAUUCUCUGCGGCUUAGGGUGUUUACGUUUCUUCUGAGAUGACAAAAGUGGUUUGUAUGAUUUGAACACUUAUAAAGACUUUCCAGGAAUUAACUGAGUGUUUCUACGGACAUAGCACGUUGUGUUAAUCGUUCUUUCACAGGCCCAACCUGGCCCCUUGCAUUAUUAAAUUAUUCCUCGUCUCAAACUUUUUCAUCCGACUGACUGGAUUUUAUUUUUCUUUUGACAGAUAACUAAGCUGAAAAUCGACAACAACCCUUUUGCGAAAGGUUUCCGCGAGCAAGGAGCAGGACAUCGUAGGCGGCUUGAACGAAGGUACGAAAUGAUUUUGUUCUGUAAAGUAACACCAGUUUGUUUGAGCUUCCUUUUCACUCGGGCCUCUUACAACUCUGUUAAUCUUUUUCACUAAACGCUGGCCCCUUGGGUACAAAAACUUAAUACCUGAGGCGAAGGCCUCAAAUUUCUUGGUACAAAGAAACAUGAAAAAACAACUGUUUUGACACACAAAGCCGCGAACGAGCCACAAUAACUUGUCCAGCGUGCGCGAUUUUCACACGUUCUUUAUCACCUUUCCUCAUUCAUCUUGAAGGCAACGAAGUAACCCUGGUGGGUCCUUACACGAUGAAGACGAUGAAAAUAACAGCGAAGACGAGGAAAGCGGCAAAGAGCCGGGGGCUUGUGGUUCCACAAACGACAUUCACUCCGGUAAGCUCAAAUUUUUCUUUAUUGCUGCGGCCCGGGCUGCGGCCUUCUUUGUAUCAAUAGCCGCCAGCGCCUUCAAAGAAAAAGCGACUCAGUGCGGUUCGUCAGACGCCAAAUUCAGUUCGGUAAAACGGUGAUCAACUCUAAAGAAGUGGAACUCGUUGGGGUUCUGUUAUGUUUGCGAUUAUUUCCUCACUUAAAUACACCAUUAAUUUUUAUUUCUGGCUCGAAAAUCGCUCCGAUCUACAUCAAUAAUUACUGUCGUCGAACGCGUUGAUGCAUCGCUAGAUUUUGCAGUUUCGUCUUAAAACGCAUUUACCGUUGCUUUGACUUAUUAAGGCUAGGAAGUAACGUCAGGCUGGAUUGCAUUAUUCCUUCCAUUGAAGGAUAAAAAAACUCGUGCAAGAAAAUUAAUUGAAACGAAUGAUUCAAAGUGGAUGGUAACAGCUGUAUCAGUAUUAACGUUUUCACUAAAAACAAAAAAAGAAAAAGAGUGGUUUUAGAGUGACUUAAAAACAGCCCUCGUUUUUUGUUAAUAUUAGUGAUACAGGUAGAGAUUAUUUGCCUUCUUGAAUUAAGAGGCAAGGUUUAUUCCUAAGCAACGGAUUAACGUUUAACGGCCUUUCUUUUGGAAGAUCAAUAUCUUUUCUUUUUGGUUUGUUCAAAGCGUUCUAUAACUCGCUCAAUCAUGGCGAAAUUGGUUUGACUAAUUAUUUAAACAUUUUUCUCGUUAGUCAAAGUCCCACUUGUAAAAGUUAAGGCGCUCUUAGUAUAACUUAUAAAACAUUUGUUUAUUGUUUGACAGGAUCUUCUGAUCUCUACAGGGGAGUUCUUUUAAUUAUUGUUCCUUUCGAUUCCUUGAUGAAGUAGAUUUUAAAUACCCCCUUUAGUGCUAGAAUUUUCAGGACGAUGUUCGCGGAGGAAUAUAUAACCACAAACAGCUAUAAAGCUUCCCUAUUAUAUUUCUUUAGCCUUUAACCAUAAUUUUCGCCAUCAUUGUAAAUAUCUCACUGAAUUCAGCACCAAACGUGCCAUUUAUCAAAGUGACAGAAACAGAGCUAGCCACUGUUUCUAACUAUUUACCAACGUUUUGUCGGGAAUUCAACUUCACUGAUUUAUUUUUAGGAACUUCAAAAAGGAUGCGGUUAGUCAAAGUAUCUUUCCUCGCUUAACAGUUAGAAAGGCGUGUCAAAAACCCGUUUGACGGGAAAAAAAUUCUCAAUAUUGUUGUUGCUUUGUUCCAGAUGGCUUGGAGGAAAUUUCAUUUCCGUAUAUUUCUCGAUGUAUAGAUUGGGUGCUAGUGUUUGCGUGCUCAAGUGUGAAAGAUUGGAAGCUCUUAAUUCUGUUCAUAUACAGUGUCCUUACACAAGGUGUAAAUACAUCACAUCCUUCAAAACAAUCAACUUUGAUUGAGAAUUGCUUACAAGGUUCUUUUAGAGUUUGGGAUAUUCAAGAGGGACUUUAAAAAGUUUGAUUCAAAAAGCCUUUCUGCAUCGAUUUCAAAAUCUAUCCCUUUGAUUUGAUUCAGGUUUCUAAAAAUGUCCUGUAGUUUUUACUCUAGUAGAUGGAUUGCAGAGUGGAAUUAUUCUUGCUUUUUUUAGUCUUUUAUAUGGCCAACAGAAAUGUAUUUCGAAAGUGGGCGUGGAAAGUUUAGUUUUCACGGGAUGGGAGUCCCAAAGAAGAAUAAAUAAUUUUGCUUUUCCACUGGUAAAACUAAAAGAGAUGCAAAUUGGAAACCACUCUUAUUUGCUUUUAAGGCAAAAUAGAAAACAAGGUUAAAUUCUUAUUGAUGGCAACGUGUAAAUUUCUUCAACCCAUUUAGGCAAGACGUUGACAGCUUUAGCAACUAAUGAACGAAAACUUUUAGACGUUAAGCUGAAAAAUGUUCUGCUUUUGUUCCCAAACGAACCAUCUUCACACGCGUUACAAACUGUGCUGGUCCCGAAUAGAUGCUCAUUAGCUUAUUAAAAACAGACGUUUUCAAAAACUCGUUUAAAAAAAGCCACCGAACUGGCCUGGAAAAGUUUUGUCAAUCAGUGUCGCACAAAGUUGCAUUAAAACAUAACAAUAUUUCGACAAGUACAAUACGUGCGAAGUGUGAGAUAGCUCUUUCUGUUGAUAUAUGUAGUGAUUUGAUUCUAUCGAGACCAUGCCAAACUCUGAUUGCGUUUUGAAUAAAACCACAAAUGAAGGGAAGGUGUUCAGCCUUCUCGUAUCAAAUACCAAACUAAAUUGUUCCAUGUUUUUAUUAGAACCUUUUACUUAAAUAGAAAGUGUUCUCCAUUAAAAGUGUUUUCCAUAGCGUUCGCCUGAAAUAUAACAAUAGAGUUGUUGGCGCUCGUAAUGAAACAUCGAACCGCCCACAUAAUGAAUCGAAAAUGUGUCCAUGAAAACGCCACACUUUGUCGCAGGUGCGGAGGAGAAAAAUCUGCCUUACAUAACAGACUACUUAGCCAUCUGGCAUUCUUACUUUUAAGCAGAAUUUCGUGAAAAAUUUUCCUUGAAAAACGCUUUUUCAGCAUAUCUUUUAGCUCGAAUUGAAUGGGUAACUCGUUUUGACAGCCGCACCACUUUUCCAAUCACAUGUGGAAAGAGAUUUAUCGAUUGUGCACCAUGGUACACAAUGCAUUCGCCUCCAAAAUUCACCAGCUAAAAAAAAUUAAAACAAAACUGUUAAAAGGAAACAAAAAAUUUUAAAGAAAAGGGAAAAGGACCUCGGGUUUAAUUUUUUUUUUUUUUUUUUUUACAAAUGGUGCGUCUUUGCAAUUUGUUUUGUCAACUUAGGCAUUCAUUAAACACCAGGUAUCUAGGAAACACUAAGACCAGGAAAAAUGUUUUUAACUUUGUUGUUUGCGAAGCUGUCAAUCGAGGCGUUUGUCUCUCAGUAACGCAGCAAUAGAUCAUUCAGGUUUUUAUCGUCACCAAACAAUCAUCUUUUUCGCUGGAGCGAAGCGCAACUUUAAGCACCUAUUUUGAUUCUUGUAUUCGUGUUGAAGGUGAGUGAGAUCACGUUACCGAGAAAUGUUAGGUUCUUAUUCAUCACAUUAAAGUAUCGACCCCAAUUUCCUUUUAUUUGCCUUAGUAUUUUCUCCAUCGCUUAAUUUACAUUUCGUCCGAAGAUUCGUCUCAGUGUACAAUAAAUUAUCCAUGUUUUAAUUUUAUAAUUCUACUCCCGGUCAGUUUUGCCACGAACUCUUAGUCCCGGGUGACCCAUCUACACUCUGUGUGUAUGUUUUGUAGUCAUUACGGAUAAUGUAAUUGAAUGGCGUUUAAGUUCGAGAAUUCUUCUCUGUUUACUUUAGUUUAUUUACUUGUUGCUGGAUUGUAACUAAAGAUUCGAUAAUGUUUUCAUCAGAAACGUCCGAUUUUGAACGUACCACCAUCCCCCCUACCCAAAAAAGAAACACUUGUGGUUCCAGUCACAACAUUUAAUAGUUAGUAUUUGAAUCAAGGGUCUUAAAGAUUGAACCCAGUUAGCCUUGAAAUAAUAUCUGGUUUAUUUUAAGUAAUGAAAGCGUUUUAAUUAUUUAUAUCCGAUUGCCAACAAAUCCUUCUAUCCUUGUCUUGGUAGUUUCUUUUAAAAGAUGUUAGUUGCUAAGCCAUGUAAAGUAUUUGCAGAGAAUUUUGCUUAUUACGCCAUUGAAUGGAGAACAAAAAUACACCAAACAAUUCAAACUGUCACAAAACCAUUUUCCCUCAGAAUAUUAAGACUCAAUAGUAAUCAACGCGAUUCAACAAGAAACUAGAGUCACUCGAAAUGUAAACUAACACACGUGCGCCUAUAAAUUUUUCUUGGCUGAAUGUCGGGAGUCCAAUGAGAACUGUAUAUGUUUGACAGAAAUGGUCAAUUUAUUUAUUAGUCUUUAUCAUCUAUGAUCCUUGUGAAGUCUUAAAAGUUUAAGGUCAGAAAAAUCGGGUGAAUAGUUGAUUGUUGAACGAGCAACGCGCGACCUUUUAAUUUUAUUACAGCGAGCUUAAGUUAGAAUGGGGUCCUGGUUUUUCUUUUCUCUUUUUUCGUUCCUAUCCAAAAGUAAACUCUUUUUAAAUCACUGACGAGCUGGAAAAUGUGUAAAUAAAGGUACCGGAAAGGAAGCUUUUGAAAUGUAAUAAUUAAUAUUUCAGCUGCAGUAAACAAUUAGUGAAAAGAAACUUUGAAAUGAAAGGCAUUAUUAUCUACCUCGGCAGUGUGUUGACUCUUGAAAUGCAAUCUUUGACGCUAUCUUCUUGUCCAAACUUUUUCAAAGUUUUUCUCUGACGACGGCCUAAUUUGACAAUUAACCUCUGCCCCUCUGAGUUGAAAUAAAAGUUUUUUUAAUUUUUCCCAAAGCGUUUAUCUUAAUGUUGGUUGAAAAAUUCAAGAUCGUGACUAUUUAUCGUGUUUACUUUCUAUAGUUAAGGGUCUGUAACAAACGCGGUUAUACGUAAAAACCAGGCUAAGGCACUGGCUAAUACAAACCUUUAGAAUUCAACGCAUCUUGACUUUUUCAAUACAAUUGUAAAGGCUUUUGUAUUUAUUGUUUUUCUACACCACCAUCAAGUCUAAUUGCUAGCACUCGAUAACAAAAACACACACACAUUGAAAAACGCAUUACAAUUUUUAGUUUCAGUAUAACAGGAUUUGUUUCUUAAUCCUUGUAUCAACAAAUGUCAAAAGACCAGAAGUAUAAACUUGUAGAAGCCUCUGGGUACUGUUUAUCAUGUCCUGCUAGCUCACUCUAAACUUUUGAGUCUGUGGACUAUGAACUUAAUGUUUCAGUAAAACAAUUAAAGCCGAACGGAAGCUAUUGAGUUCCUUCUUGCUGCGUUGUGAGUUAUAAUAUACAAGAUCAUUGAUAUACAAGAGCGUGCGGUACAUAUUAUAUUUGACCAUUCAAUUUAAAGCCACUGAGGAGUACUUUUUUGGUACUGUUUAUCAAUCUGACCACUUGAAUAAAAUCCCACUAAAAGUGUUUUCUUGUUUUCUUGUGGCACGACUGUGUUUGGUCCUCUAAAGGUGGGCCGCGUCUCCUACUAACUUCUAUUUUUUUUCGGAAAGCCUAUUUGUGCGCAAGUUGUCAUGUAGUAGAAAGUGUUUGUGACCAUUUAACUGAAAUUUACAGAGUAUUAACUGCUUGUGAAAUGCAUCUUUUCAUUUUACAGUCUAGUACAUUAAGAUUGUUUUGGUCAGUUUUGAUCUUUUUGGCCAACUGCAUGAGUUCGCGCCAUUGACAAAGGAGAUGCCUUUUUCAUUUUCCGCCGCACAGCACGUGUUUAAACAUUACACAGCUUAGGAAAUUAACUAAGAAAUACUAGUUCACACCCUGUUUUGUCCUAAUAAUGGAGCUUACAAGUUUUAACAGAUUUUCCUUUAAAUGGUCAGAGGACUCAAUCCCAAACUAUAUAAUUUAAUUUUCUUCUAAUAUUGCAUGCGAUUAUUAUUUGCCUCUUAGAUGUAAUUAGGAAGGUUUCUAUAUUAUAUUUUAUAUGUAGAAUGUAAACUCAAACGUUUCAAUUCAGUCAAGCUUUUUCAAGUACAUUUUGUGAUGUCCACCGUACUUCUUGCGUGGUCAUAACCAUACCAGCUGAGACAAUGGUGGAGAAUAGGACUAAAUGUUGACUGUAAGGUCAAAAGAGCAAUUCAUAUAAAGACUUCUGGGGAAUUUUGCCUCUACAAACUGACAGAGCAUAAUUGUGUCUGUUACAUUGUGUGGGAGAGGAUUUGCAUCUUCGACUGUUCCUGAAUAGACUUUCCUCUGCCUCUGUUUACUCCAAGGCGUGAAUUUAAUCAAAGGGUUUAUUCAGCAGUGCCUAGCUUUGUGCUGUUUGCCAAAGGUUUAAAAGAAAAGUGCUAAUAAAUAUUAAAUAGUAAUAAAAACUACAUCGCACUAAUUAUUGUGGUUCAGUUUAUGCCAUUUGCUGUUUACCAAACGACUAAUAUUCUGAGCAAUUAUCUUUGACCUUCAAAUAAACACUAACGCUUAUCAAUGCCCCGCCUUUUUUUCAGGUUCCUCGGCAGCAGAAAACUCCGUAGUCGGUCUUCCUUCAUCACCUGAGGACAUUAAACCAGUGAUACAAGUCGACAAAGGUCGCUCCUGUGCGAACACUCUGAGUCACUCUCCCUCUCCUGUACAAAAAGCUCUUCCUGCACCAGAUAUCUUACAUCAUAGUCAACCGUUUAGCGACUUUUCGCGUCCGUCCACUCUACACAUCCCAGAGGAUAGCAAACCAGUGAUUUUACCACCAAAUUCCAGCGAAAGUGUUCCGUUCUCGUCCCAGUCACACUUAAAACUUUCAAGUGCGCGGGCAAUGCACAUGGACAUGCGCUAUAGCCCUUAUCCAAGACCUGCCUACCCAAUGGGUGGCAUGCCUUCGAGCUUCCUUCCACAUGCGCAUGGACACAUGUACCCGUCAUACAGUGUCCCACAAGCUGCUUACCCAUCAUGCCAAGUAGGCCAAAGCUACCCACCAUGCACUGUGAACCAACAGAGCUUUGGCUACCCCGCAACAGUAACCUCGUCGAGUAUGUUCGAGCUGACCAGCGGUAGUACAACUUCGGAGCUACCAGCAGCCCUGGACCUACAGGGAUCAGUGGACAGAACUCCUGGAAUGGAGCACAGAACGACAUAA